GACACGCAACUCGGGACCGGGAGGCGCUGCGCGCCUUCGCCCAAAUCGCUCAGAAUAGGAUAUAUCGAGGAUCGUGGACAUCGAAUGUUCAUAGCACGGUAGUAGAGGCAAUAUUAAUUGAAUUCUCCAAGCAGAACUGCUCCAAGUGACUCGCAAAGAUUGAUAGUCUUCUGACUUCGUACUGUGACGUCGCGCCGUAUCGUCUCAGUCGUCCUCAACGACAACGUUCUUCCUCCUUUUCUUUUCCCCACCCACCGCUCCCUUUUCAACAUGCGAUGGUUCGUGCCAACACUCAAGCAUCGCUCAUCGCUCUCCCUCUUUGGUGGUCCGGACUGCGCCUGAUCCCUGUCAUGAGUAGCUCGCGAUGGUUUUCUUUUCCCUCCCACCCUCGCAGCUCACCUUUUAUCUGGCAGGACACGCAACUCGGGACCGGGAGGCGCUGCGCGCCUUCGCCCAAAUCGCUCAGAAUAGGAUAUAUCGAGGAUCGUGGACAUCGAAUGUUCAUAGCACGGUAGUAGAGGCAAUAUUAAUUGAAUUCUCCAAGCAGAACUGCUCCAAGUGACUCGCAAAGA